AUGCCUAGCCCGCAUGAUUUAACCCGACACGCUGGGCGGGAUCAUGACGGCCAGCCAAGGCAUGGCAACCUCGGUCCGUACCUCAACCGCGUCAUCUGGUCCCUGGCGGUACUCUCAACUUUGUUUCUCGGCCUGCGAGUGUACACCAAACUGCUAAGGCGGCGGCAUCUGUGGUGGGACGAUCAUUUUCUGAUUGCGAGCUGGAUCGCACUUGUUGUUUCGAUCGCUCUACAGUCGGUGGCAGUUAGCCACGGCCUCGGGAGCCAUUACCACGACCUGGAUGAGGAAGCUAUUACUGCUGUCGCUAUAUACUCCAUCUCUGCCGGGUUCGGCUCCAUCCUGGCGACUUGCUGGAGCAAGACGUCCUUCGCCAUCUCCCUAUUACGGAUCUCCACUGGAAGGACUCGGGUGUUUGUCUGGUUCAUCAUUGUCUCCGUUAACCUUGUGUUGGGUUCCAUCGGGGUGAUUCAGUGGGUGCAAUGCUGGCCAGUCCAGAAGCUGUGGUACUGGGCCUUGGAGGGCUCGUGUUUCCCGCCGAAUAUUGUCCAAAAUUACAACACUUUUGUGGCUGCUUACUCUGGUCUGAUGGACAUCGUCCUUGCACUUCUUCCGUGGAAGAUCAUUUGGGCUAUCACCAUUAACAAGAGAGAAAGGCUGGGUGCCAUGGUCGCCAUGAGCACUGGUGUCUUGGCGGGAGUGAUGGCCUUUCUGAAGAUUAAGACUCUGUAUGUUAUCGGUAACGGUGAAGCUACAACGGUCGACCUCUUCAUUUUUGGCACGGCCGAGCCGGCAACUGCCAUCAUGGCCGCCUCGAUUCCGAUCCUCCGCAACCUGAUCCGCCGAGAAUCCCAACCAAAACCCGCCGAGUUCAUCCAGCUCGCCGGCAACUGCCAAGGGGCAGGUCAGCCCCCAGCACCCGAGGAGGCCAACGGCGGGGAGACAAAACAAGGGGCUAGGGAAUCGUGGGCAAGGAUAGCUCACCUCGAACAAGCCCGAGUACCUGGGCACGAGAGGAGAGGGAGUGGUUCGGGGCUUCAAAUGGGUCCAUGA